GCAGGAGGCGGGGUCACCAGGGUCCCACACCCAGCUGCGUCAGGACAGAAACUGCACCCAGAAGGGCCGCACCUGCAGGUCUGGAUUCUCGGGCCCCAAGGAGGCGAGAGCUGGGAGGUUGGACCUCAGAGCUGGAAACAACUGCAUGUGUUCUGGAACGGACCGGAGGCCUGGACUUCUGGGUCCCCACGGGAGAGGGGGAGGAGAGGAGCUGAAGGCUGCUGUAUCUGCGUCCCAAUCCCAAGGAGGACUGGACUGGUUGGGACUUUGAACGGUGACACUCUCAAGCUGGAGGAAGGAAGCAGCUGGGGGCCCCUGGAAGCAGGCAUUCGAUCGAUCCCUGGCUCUGGCUCUGCUGAAACACUGACACCCUACCCACAGCCCAGCCCUAUUCCCAAACCUCUCACACAGCCCCCAGUCCCAGGCCUGAGAGAGCCAGAGGGAGCCCCGGGACAGACGAGGCAUGUGGGGCUACCUCUCCCUGCUUCCUGUCCUCCUGGCCAUCUGGGCUAUUGGUGGCCUGUGGACCGUCUUUUCGGUGGCUGUGGCCAACAAGUCCGUGAACCUCACGCAAGGAUUCCCCUACAUCAGUAUAUGUGGAAAUCAGCCCCCUCAGAGCUGCAUCUUCAGCCAGGUGCUCAACUUAGGAGCUGCUUUGGCCACCUGGAUCUGCAUUCUCCGUUACCACCAGCUUCGGGACUGGGGGGUCGGAAAGUGGCCUAACCGGCUGAUCCUGUGGACGGGGCUCCUCUCUGCGCUGGGCACCUCCAUAGUGGGCAAUUUCCAGGAAAAGAACCUGCGGGCCAUGCACCUGACAGGGGCCUUUUUUGCCUUCUUUGUGGGCACCCUCUACUUCUGGCUGCAGCUCCUCUUCCUCUGGCGGAUGAAGAGCGUGCCCCGGCCUGGGGCUCCCUGGAUCAGGCCGCUCCGCCUGGGCCUCUGCAGCAUCUGCACCAUCCUCACUGUGGCCAUGGUCGUGCUGCACAUCUGGCGGAUGCGCUCCGUCUCGGCCGCCUUGGAGUGGACUGUGGCCAUGCUGCUGUUCGUGCUCUUCGGCCUCUUCGCCGUGGACUUCUCCGGCCUGGACGGGUGUACCCUGCGUCUGCGACCACGCUCGGGCCCCCUCAGCACCCCGCCAGCCUCCCCUGUGCCCCUGCAGGUCUCACUGUGACCCGCCCAACAGCCGGGCAGCCUCUCACCUCCUGUUGCUGCCCUCCGGUUACGCCCUGCCAUCAGGGCCACCAGGAAGAGAGCCCAAGGCCAGUCAAUCAUCCCUGAUUGAGGAUAUUUAUUAUUAUUAUUAUUAAUUUUCUUUUUUGCCGCCGGUGGAAUCAGAGACACGGACGCAGGCAGGAUCACGCGAAAUCAGAAUUCCUUCCGGAGAGCAAAUCCGUACAGAAGGUCGUGGGGGGGGGAGGGAGAGGACCAGGGGAGGGGGCCCAGGAAGGGGGGAGUUGGGGACACAAGGACAGAUGGCCCUGUCCGUCCGGAUCUGCUAAGCCACCCCAACCAGCCCCCGUCCCUCCCCCACCCCCCACCCCCCACAGAGAGACUGAUCAAUAAAUAAAAUAAUAAAUUAAUC